CCGAGCGGGGUGGCCGCCAGCCCGUUCUUGUUCCGCAAUCGGCCUCGGCCUCGGAGGAGGCUCGGAGGCGCCGCGGCCUCUGAGGGCCCUACCCGCCCCGCCCCGUCCCCGCGCCGCGCCUUCCGGCCGCCAUCCUCCCGGCGUGCACCGCGGCGGCGGCGAGGUGGCGGCCAUGUUACGGUAGUUUGUUGUUUUCUCCCCGCGGAGGAGCAGGGCCAGCGACCGGACCCGCCUCGCUCGCCGCGUCCCCGUUCCGGCCCGCCGGCCCCGGCCCCAGCUGGCGCGCGGGGCGAGGCGGAAGCGGGCGUCGCAGCAGCAUGGCGGCCGCGCUGGGAGCGGGCGGAGGAGCCGGCGCCGCAGAUGAUGACUUUGAUCAAUUUGAUAAGCCGGGUGCAGAGCGGUCCUGGAGGAGAAGGGCUGCAGAUGAGGACUGGGACAGUGAACUUGAAGAUGACUUACUUGGAGAAGAUUUGCUGUCUGGCAAAAAGAAUCAGUCGGAUUUGUCAGACGAAGAGCUGAACGAUGAUCUUUUACAGAGUGAUAAUGAAGACGACGAAAAUUUCAGUUCUCAGGGUGUCACAAUUAGUCUGAAAACCACAUCUGGCAUGGUCACAUCAUAUGAACUGGCUGACAACACUAAUGACCAGUCUGGAGAACAGGAAUCCGAGUAUGAGCAAGGAGAGGAUGAACUGGUUUACCACAAGUCCGAUGGGUCUGAAUUGUAUGCUCAUGAGUAUCCGGAGGAAGGACAGUAUGAAGGCCAGGAUGCCGAGCUGACAGAAGACCACAUGGAGUAUGUGGAAGAGCCAGAGGAGGAGCAGCUGUACAAUGACGAAGUGUUGGACAUCGAGAUCAAUGAGCCUUUAGAUGAAUUCACAGGGAGUAUGGAGACUUUGGAAAUGCAGAAGGAAAUAAAAGAAGAAUCAGAUGAAGAAGAUGAUGAGGAUGAAGAAUCUGGAAGAUUGCGCUUCAAAACUGAAAGGAAAGAAGGAACAAUUAUUAGGCUCUCAGAUGUAACUCGAGAGAGAAGGAACAUUCCAGAAACUUUGGAGCUUUCAGCAGAAGCCAAAGCUGCGUUGCUUGAGUUCGAAGAAAGAGAACGCCAGCAUAAGCAGGGCCGCUAUGGUUCAAGGCGGGGCGGAAGGAGAGGAGGUCCUUUAAUGUGUCGUGGAAUGGGGGACCAGAGAAGAGAGAACAGUGAGAGGGGCCGCAUGAAGGACCACAGACCUGCGCUGCUCCCCACACAGCCUCCUGUGGUGACGCACUCUCCAAGAUUAAUUCCUCCAACCCAGCCUCAGCCUCCCCCCCCACCGCCACCCCAGCAGCAGCCCAUUCGGAGCCUGUUCCAGCAGCAGCCCCUGCAGCCCCUGCUGCCCCUGCAGCAUCCGCACCACCCCUCUCCUCCACAAGGAAUGCAUGUGCCACCCCAGAUGGAGGCGCCCAGGGUGAUGAUGACCCCUCCACCCGUGACCCCACAGCAGCCCAAGAACAUCCACAUAAACCCCCACUUCAAAGGAGCGGUGGUGACGCCCGUGCAAGUGCCCUUGCUGCCAGUCCCGAGCCAACAGAGACCUGCGGUGGGACCCCAGAGAUUCCCAGGCCCUCCAGAAUUCGCACAGCACACCCCUGGACCGGUUCCCAACAAUUUUAGCCAGCCCCCACGGCUUCCUCUGCAGGACCAGUGGAGAGCACCACCCCCUCCCCAGGAGCGAGACCCCUUCUUCUUAGGAGUUUCAGGUGAACCUCGUUUCCCGAGUCAUCUCUUUCUGGAGCAGAGAAGCCCCCCACCACCGCCACCCCCUCCCACUCUUCUCAGCAGCGCUCACCCUGUGCCCACGCCCAGUCCCUUACCAUUCACUCAGCCCGGACCAGCUUUUAAUCAGCAAGGACAGCAGCCCGUGUUCCCUAGAGAGAGGCCUGUGAGGCCCACCCUGCAGCCUCCAGGUCCCGUGGGCCUGCUGCACUUCAGCCAGCCGGGGUCCGCCGCCACUCGGCCUUUCAUUCCUCCUCGACAGCCCUUCCUGCCGGGCCCCGGACAGCCAUUUCUGCCCGCACACGCACAGCCUAACCUGCAGGGGCCCCUGCACCCCCCGUUGCCCCCUCCCCACCAGCCUCCACCGCAGCCUCAGCAGCAGCCCCCGCUGCAGCCACCUCCGCAGCACCCGCCGCCCCCCCAGCCGCAGCACCAGCCUCCUCACCAGCCGCAGCAGCACCAGCACCACCACCACCUGUCUGUUCCCCCGCCACCUCUGAUGCCCAUGUCGCAGCCCCAGUUCAGGCCUCACAUGCAGACGGCUCAGCCUCAGCAGAACAGCAGUCGGAUGCAGUGCCCCCAGCGCCAGGGGCUGAGGCAUAAUACGACGUCUCAGAAUGUAACCAAACGGCCAAUGCAGCAGCUGCAGCCAACUGCUGCCAGAAACAGUAACUUGCGUGAGUUACCAAUAGCGCCCUCGCACGUCAUGGAACUGAGUAACAGUCGUGGUGCAUCCACGCCUGGCGCUCAUGGAAAGCCGAUGGACAACAUGUCACCGCCCUUGAGACCUGGGCCUAGGAGCACACAGGGGAAGACGGACUUGAAGGCCAAGCCCAUUAGCCCUGAGGGUCAACCUAAGGAAGAAGCAAAAGCAGAACCAGAGUUUCCCGAUGAAGAUGAAGAAACGAGGCUGUACCGCUUAAAGAUAGAAGAGCAGAAGCGCCUGCGGGAGGAGAUCCUGAAGCAGAAGGAGAUGCGCCGGCAGCAGCAGGCCGGAGCCAGGAAGAAGGAGCUACUGGAGAGGCUGGCGCAGCAGCAGCAGCAGCAGCAGCAGCAGCAGCAGCAGCAGCAGCAACUCUGCAGCACUGGGGCCCCUGCGGAGCGGGAAGAGCCACCGGCGUUGCCGUUGCCCACCAAUGGAAACCCCUUGCUACCCUUCCCUGGUGCCCAGGGCCGACAGAAUGUGAAAAACAGACUUCUCGUGAAAAACCAAGAUGUUGCUCUAUCAAGUCUUCAGCCGAAGACGUCAAACUUUGUGCCACCUGGUGCUAACAUGCAGUAUUCGGGACAGCCGGUCAAGCCACUGAAGCACUUGAGACACAGAGUCUUGCAGGCACAGCCCGAGGAUGGGGACGAGCCGCCCCCAGCACAGACCGCCCGAGUGACAGCCCUCCAGGGCCGGCCCCCUGACUCCAAGCCUGGCGCCAAAAGGACUGUCAUGCACCGGGCAAACAGCGGUGGCGGAGAUGGGCCGCAUGUCAGCUCCAAAGUCAGGGUGAUUAAGUUGUCAGGUGGGGGCGGAGAGAGCGAGGGCUGUUUCCACCCGGACGGCCAGCCCCAGCGGCCUGCCCCGCCUCCGGAAGUGAGGCCGCAGCCUGCCCGCAAGGUGACGUUGACCAAGGGGGCCCUUCAGCCGCCCCAGCACCUGCCGGUCGGGACCCACGUGUACUCAGCAGGCCCUCCGGGCAUCAAGAGCAUCCAAGGGCUUCACCCCGCCAAGAAGGUCGUCAUGCAUGGCAGAGGCCGGGGAGCAGCAGGGCCAAUGGGCCGCGGGCGCCCGAUGCCAAAUAAGCAGAACCUGCGGGUGGUGGAGUGCAAGCCGCAGCCCUGCGUUGUUUCUGUCGAAGGCCUGUCGUCAUCCACCACUGACGCCCAGCUGAAGAGCCUGCUCAUGUCAGUGGGACCCAUCCAGAGUUUACAGAUGCUUCCCCAGCAACGGAAAGCCAUAGCCAAGUUUAAGGAGCCAGCCCAUGCGUUAGCAUUUCAGCAGAAGUUCCACAGGCACAUGAUAGAUUUGUCCCACAUAAACGUGGCCCUGAUUGUGGAGUGAUUUCUAGCAGGGAGGCCGACCUUACACUGACACUGCACACACAGCUGUGGACUUGCUUCAAGGAAGCUGCCGGCACAGGACCUGCCAGCGAGGUCUCCGUCCAGUCUGCUAACUCUUGUCCAGAGCGCCGGGCGGCCCAGCGUUGAUUCCGGGAGAGCUGAACUUGCAGGACGUGGCAGGCUGGAGUUCGGUGUUGAUGGCUUCAAAUUCUGUGGCCACUUCUGAGAACUCCAGUUUUUGUUUUCUUUUGUUUUCAAAGUGCUUACAAUGCAUGUAGACACUGUUCUUCGUAAUUUUACCGUCUGAUCGAUCGCUCACCGUGACUUAGGUUCAGGGAGGAACAUUAGCAGCACAAAUUCUAAGUACUUUCCAUAGCAAAGAAUAUUUGAUAAUGGUUGCACUUAUCUUCAGUGCAGGCUAGACCAGAGGCGUCUUCUCAGAAAGCCCUCUACUGGUUCUUGUAAAAACAGGUGAAAAUGUGGGUGAUUGUGAUUGACAGCUGCCUAUCCCAGAAAGCAGGGGUGAGGGCGGGUGGGGCAGGGGCAUGGUGCAGCAGAUUCUGCUUCCUAUGCACCAUUUGCAUAUUCCGAGUUCCUGAGGGGACUCCCCACCCGUUUUUAACUUCCCAAAUAGGGCGAGGACCAGGUGGUCGCCACUGCGCUUCCCUGGAGGCAGAGAAGCCGGGGUGUUGCUCUGGCCGGGGCCCUCACUGGAGCUCCCUGUCUGAUGGGGUGCACAGUGGGCCUGCCGGGCGGAGGGACAGCUUGAAGCUUAAACAGACUUGGUUGGUUUUUUUCUCUUUAAAUGCAACCCAGAGCGGCAGAUGUCACUGACUCUGGCAUGCAGCGUUCUUAGGGAAGCUGGCUCUCGUUGCUUUGAAUGAUCUUUUUUUAUAAGGCCUUAGAGUGGUGCUGCAUUGCCCGUCAGUAGGCCCGAGGGCAAGGCGACAUAGACCCCAGCACGCCACUCUCCACGGCGUGGUGUGAGGGAGGCUGUCUCACAGGGACCGUGAGACCCAGAGCAAAGUGUGUGUGUCACCCAUGAGUGAGGGUGCGUGGGCUCCUUAAGGCGGGGCCGUGCCCCCAACGACCAACCUUAGGAGAAUUGAUUCUGGGUGAGCGUGGAAAAGUGCCUUCCUGCAUUUCUGCUCACGUAGGAGUUCACUAGCAGUUACUGAGCGAAUGGCACUGGGGCACACGUAGACUUUUUAGCUGUGGUCAGAGUUAUCCAUAGAAGUAAUAGAAAUAGAAGCAUGUUGCCACGUACUGUCUGGUUAGCCCAGCGGGGACCAGGCUGGGAGCCCGGAGGCCUCCUCUUUGGAGCUGACCCAGGUGUGGGGGCUUGUACCAUCGUGCUUGUACAGUUGAGGUUUUAUUUUACUUUUUCAAACUAAGUGAGCAGAAGUGGAGGGGAGUAGCCAGACCCUGUGGACCUCGUGUAGUGUUGAUUCUCAGACGGUGCGGUGCUGAGUGAGCCUAGGAAACGAGGGUGCUGCUGAGGGCGUUCCCCGGAGAGGUCAGCUCAGGAAAGCGCAGGCACGCCUAGGGUCCCGGGAGCACUGCCCACUGGGCACCUGGCACCCUGCUCCAGAGAGCCCCUGACUGAGUCAGUGCCUAUGCCCAGCAGCUGCCUGACGCGGGCUCGCUGCCCCCUCUCACAGCUGCAGGUGAGCUCGCUCACAUAGAAACCGUAGCGCAGUGCAUUCAAGUGACAAGGUAGCCGGAAGCUCUAGUUACAGACCACUCCCCACUCUGUUGUCAGCGGGAAGGCUCGCAGUCGGUGACUGUCACCAAAGACUUCCUGCCACAACAAGAUGAGUUGAACAGACUUUUGCCACUUUCUGAAAUAGUCGGAGUGUGCGGUGGCUUGGAGGCCACAGCCCUGCAUGUGGUCUCUGGAGCGUGGGUGUGUAGCGUCCUUCUUUCCGAUCAGUGAUGGCGAGCCCACUUGUCCUGCACCACAGCUGCUGCAGACAGACUCGGCUGCUUCAGGGCAUGCGAUGACGUGGGUGCCUGGAUGUGUCUGUGCUGUCUGCACACCCGGGCAUGCUUUUUCUCCAUGCCCUGUCCUCUAGGGGGGCGUGGGCCUUUUCCAGAGCCCAGGAGGGCACGCUCCACACGGGGCCGCUGGGUGGGGACUCUGCAGUGCAGCCGGGCCCCGGGACAAAGCUGAGUUUCCUUGGAGGAAACGGCAGGAAAGGAAAGCAGCAGCAUUAGGAAGUGAUUUCUUCCCAUUGGUGGUGCACUUCUCGCAGGCACCGAGCUGAGCCCUCUUGGAAGAUCUGUUGCAACCAUUAUCUCUGUUCUUUAUCAUGCAUUUAAAUGAGACGCAGAUGCAUCCAACACACUGUAAAUACGGACCUUUUAAACUGAAGUGUUAUUGGAGAUGUUUCAAUUCAGCAACACCUUAGCUCUUUGCUAGUUCUUUUGUGUUGUCUCAUCAAAGUUUAAUGGAUGCAGUUCCAUAAUUGUUGACGUGUUCAUGUGUAUAUCCGAUUUUUAUAAAGAUGGGAGUAAGUCAAUACAUUGAUCCUGACCUGUGUAUUAUUUGUUCACAAAUUCAAGAAGCUUAAAGCCAGUGAAUAUCAGUAUAUCUCAUAAGGUAGAUACAGUAGGUGAUGAUGUGGAGCCAUUACUUUCCUUUCGCAUUACCUUGUUUUGGUUUUGUGCUGUAACAAGUUCACCUAACUACCUAUCUGAGCAUAAGCUUGCAUUACUGUUGGUCUGGCCACAUUUGUUAAAUCCUUAUACUGAUAUUCUUCUAAAGGAAAAAUCUUGUCUUUUCUUCCCAAAAGAAAUGUUGAGGGUCCCGUGUCUGGACAGGCAGCAUCCUAAGUGGGUGCCUGUGGCCGCAGCCCCAGGGAGGGGGAGUGGGAGGGGGAGGAGCAGGCUUCAUCGUAUGCACGUUAAUUUGGGUCGCCCUCAUCAUGAUGGUGAAGGUCUGAGAAACAAUUGUUCAUGCUGGUUCUGUAGCAUCUCUGAACUGUGACAGUGCGGAUCCCGCACCCUGGGGUCUUUUUUUCAUACAGCAUUUUGCUUAAUUCUACCAACAGAGGACUUUGUUGCUGGGAGGAGCUGGGGAGGUGUGGGGGAGGGGCAGGAGGAAGGGGAGCUGUGGGAGAGGACGGUUUUGUAGAAGGAAGCUGCUGAAAUGAGACGUCACCAUGGCCUGUCCCCUGACACAUGCACUCGGGAGCAGGCGGUGCAGUCCCGGAGCAUGGGGCGGUGGGCGCAUGUGUGGUCGGUGUCUGCUGGCCGCUCCCGCGGGAGGGGGGAGGGGUGGAGAGCCAUCUCGCACUCGGUGAUCCUGCUUUGCCGGGACGGCAGGUGGCUCUCGUGGGUAGAUGAGUAAGACCUGCUCAUCGAGCUGAUGUUGAGCAGUUAAUCAAGUUUUCUGUUUGGGCUUUCAUUGUUUUGUUUUGUUGUGUUUAUUUUGUGUUUUAUUUCUGUUCAAUCGAAGGUAAGCUUGACGGCUCGUAGACCAUUGGACUGACGGACCCUGUUGAGGACAGUUAGGUUUGGAGUGAGGUCUGUGUGCGUGGAGCCCUGAGAGGCAGCACUCGGCUGUCCGGAAUGCCCCCUGCGGCCGGCCGUCCUUGCAGAUGGCUGGGAUGGCGGUGGGCUCCUGCGCUGCCAGGGCCCUCCCUCCCUGCUUGUAGGCCCCCCCCCCCCUCCCCGGCCACCGUGUCCUGUGAGACCUGCUCUUACUCCCUGUGGUCAGGUAGAGGCCCUCCCCCCUGUGUGAUUGUUGAUUUGGAGAAAAUACUUACGGUGUUGUUGGUGGUUCACACAUUUCUGUGAUGUGUUCUAAAGGGGGAUCCACUAGCAGGGAGGCCUGGGGGGAGGAGAUGGGACAGGAGACCCCCCCCAGGAAGGAGGCCACUGAGUCAGAUCAAUUAGGAGUUGAGAUUUUUUUAAUUUAUUUAAUGAACAUUUCAGUUGAUCUUUUCAACUAUUUUUAAAAUUUGUGAAUGAAGUGUUAUUUGGACACUCUUACAUAAAAACUCUCCGAAGGCGUGUGGCCUCGACUUACUAUUAAAUCCUAAGGAUUUUUGUGUAAGGUUCUUUUGCAACCUACUAGUAUUUAAUUUUUAUCACUUAAAGUGCCAUGGUUUUGUGCACUGGAAACAAAGCAAAACCCGCUGAUUCAUAUUGGAUCCCAGGUGUACCUUCCGCUGAUGGAUGGUGGGAAGGGGUGUUGGUUCUACGCGGAGUGACCUUUUCCAGAGAAUAUUUACAACCUUAACUCUUCUGGGCCGCGUUUGGUAGGAAGUCCUUUAAGUCGGGGCAGCUAGGGCAGCGCUGCUAGUGAGGCCCUUUUACUUCUAGCACUGAGGUGUGAAAGGCCCCCAGGUUGGGUGUUUUGCCUUGCUUUAUUUUACUAAUUUUAAAAGGUAUGCAGAGAAGCACAGGCCCUUUGUGAAGAAAUGUUCUGUGGUUUUUAACUGGUAGUGGUUCUGCGGAGCGGACAGGUGUAGUAUUUGCACAUACUCGUGUUUAGCUGCCUCGCCCGUUUCAGCGGGGCUCCCUCCCGCUGCUGCCAGUCCGAGGCGGGCACCGUGGGCGCUGCUGCUUCAGGACUGUCCGCAUCGCUUUGUGUCCUGCAGGAGGUCGGACCCCCCCGUGGGCUUCUGUGUGCGUGCGCACUCACACUGCCGUCUGAAGAGCAGGUGGUCCUCCGGCUUUAUAAUUCAGCUUUGCUUUUCACAGGCAAGAGAUCCAGAGCUGUCUCCUCUGUGAGGCUUUAACUAAGACUUUAAUUCCACUGUUCAAUUUUCAGGAUCAACAACCACCAGGCCCCCAACCGCUGUUUUCUCAUUUCUGAACUGGCUCUCUCCUUGCUCCUGCUGCUCGGGUGGCUGGGCCAGGUCGGGCCUCCUGGUCCUCCCUGCUCCUCCCUGCUCGGGACUCUCCCCGCGAACCCCUCUGCUCCCACCGCCCUGCUCUCCGGGUGAGCCCUCCCUCGCCUCCCGCCCUCCUCUGCGAGGGGGGCUGCUUCUCCGCGCAGUUCGCGCUGGUGGCGCCUGGAUGACGCGCAGCUUUGCUUCGACAGGUCCGCUCCUGACUCGUUCCCCCAGGUCUCUGGCCGGAGAGAAUAACGUUGGGUUCUGUUACUUUGCAGCAUGACCAGGAGGCGUGCGUCCUGGCAGCCGUUGGCGUGUCAUUAACCCUCUGUUUUGCCCUCUACUUUGCAGGACCGCUUUUGCAUGAGUUCAGUGUUAGUAGUAGCCGUGCCUAUUGUUCUGCUGGGCGGUGCCGGCUCAGGCUGCCCGGGACCUUCCCAACCUAGUGUGCCGCGGCGGCGGGUGUGGGCCGCUCCGCUGUCCCGUGUGGAGCUGUGGGCGCCGUGCGUGCUCGGAGCCGGCCGACUGCUUCCUUCCUCUGGGUUCACCUCCUUCGUGUGUCCGUCCUACCGAGUGCACUGCACUCGCUUACCCCACUUCCCACGCGCCCGUCCCUGGGACAGCCUCUCAGGGUAGAUGUGGAGAGCGGGAGUGACAGGGUUGGAAAUGUGCUGCUGUGUAUCAUUGUGUGCCUCCGUGCUGGACUGUGUUCUGACUGUAUUGUAAUGUGAAAUGUGUCAAUAAAGUAUUUGAAGUUCC